UUAGAAAGAAAAAGACGUAACUUUUAAUAUUUGUACAAGAAACUGAAAAGGGUGUGUUUUCUUUUAAAAGUUUGCUUAUAUUGUGGUGCUUCACCUGAGAAAUUAACGCCGUGCUUUUCCAUCUGAACUUCUCUGUGCCACUUUCUGACUUUCUGGCUGCCUCUUCAGUUGUGCGUUGAUUACAUUUGUCACACUUUAUGAGUCUGACCAUUAGGCGAUUGGUUGUACCGCUAAACAUUGCUCAUUUAAUCAUCACAUUAGCAAAUUUAAUAGCCAUCAGCAGCAGAUGAGAGCUCAGCUGGAGUGUUAAAUGGCACAAAUUCCUCUACAAGUGUUGUGAAUUUGCCGUGAAGCUGAGAGGCAGCGAGUGAGAGCUGAUACGCAUCAUUACAGGACAUACUGGUUUGUGUGUACAUUGAGGGUGAGGAUCUUUGCUCUCACAUCGUCUGAAGAGCAAACUUUAACUGGGUGAAUAUUCAUACGGUCUGCCUGUGCGUGCGUGUCUGAGUGUAGGUGUGUCUUGUGGGUUUCUCUGUAUGUUCCUGCAAAGUUAGAAAAAGUUUGCAAAGCAGAUGGGGGUGGUUUGACUUGCAAAGCAGCACUUACCUGGAGACCUGCAGUAGGGAGGUUAACAGGUAAAUGCAGGACUACGGCCUCUUCUGACAUCUUCUCUACAGCCCACUAUUGAUUGAUCGCCAUGGGUGAAAUGGAGCAACUUCGAAAGGAGGCAGAUAGUCUCAAAGACCAGAUUACCGCAGCUCGCAAGGCGGUGCAGGAUACCACACUGCAGGAGGCAGUAGCUGGGAUCACAGUGAUGGGGCGUGUCCAGAUGAAGACCAGGAAAACACUAAGGGGUCAUCUUGCCAAGAUCUAUGCAAUGCACUGGUCCACAGAUUCAAAGCUGUGUGUCAGUGCCUCGCAGGAUGGAAAACUCAUAGUGUGGGACACCAUCACGACCAACAAGGUGAAUGCCAUCCCCCUCAAGUCAUCGUGGGUGAUGACCUGUGCCUAUGCACCUUCUGGAAACCUUGUGGCGUGUGGCGGUCUGGACAACAUGUGCUCCAUCUACAACCUGAAAGGCAAGGAUGGGAAUGUCAAGGUCAUGAGAGAGCUGGCAGCGCACACAGGUUACCUGUCCUGCUGUCGUUUCCUCAGCGACACUGAGAUCAUCACCAGCUCAGGCGACUGCACUUGCGUACUAUGGGACAUUGAGACGGGGACCCAGAAGACUGUGUUUGCCGGACACCAGGGAGACUGCAUGUCCCUCGGCGUGUCCCCAGACUUCAAGUUUUUCAUCUCAGGGGCUUGUGACUUCACAGCUAAGCUGUGGGACAUCAGGGAGGGCACCUGCAGACAGACCUUUGGAGGUCACGAGAGUGACAUCAACGCCAUUGGGUUCUUCCCCAACGGUAAUGCAGUGAUAACAGGAUCAGAUGACGCCACCUGCAAGAUGUACGACAUGCGAGCUGACCAGGAGCUCAUCACCUACCAGGACAGCAGCAUCAUGUGCGGGGUGACCUCUCUGGCCCCCUCCCUGUCUGGACGCCUGAUACUGGCUGGCUACGACGACUUCAACGUCAACAUCUGGGACUCGCUCAAAGCCGAGAGAGUCGGUGUGCUGGCUGGUCACGACAACAGAGUGAGCUGCAUCGGAGUAUCCACGGAUGGCAUGGCGUGCUGCACGGGAUCCUGGGACAGCUUCCUCAAGAUCUGGAACUGAGGCUGUUCAUUGCAAAGAGAGCACUUAGUGAAGUGAAGAAAAUAUAAAGAAAUUGAGGUCUGUGGGAGGGGAUGAGGAGUCACAUGGGGUGAGAAGAGGGUAUGUCAAAUUGUGCCAAGUCCUAUCUAACGGUGGAGCGGGGUUGUAAUGUGAAGAUUUUCUCUCCUCUCCAUCACGUUGCGCUCCAAACUUUCUUCUCACGUUAUGGGGGAAUUCUGGGUUCGGGGGUCUGAGCAAAUGUCAUUCCCAUCAGUAGUUAAUUCUACUGUGGUUCACAUGGAUGCACAUUAAUUACAGCAAUUUGAGAACAGUUGCCAAAUGGAAACGGUAGCACACAGGAUGAGAUAGAAUUGAAUACGUCCAGCCGAAGCAUAUGUUGUGUUGGGUAACUUACUAACAUGCUGUGAUUUCUAUCAUAGCAUAAGUUAAAUCAUAUAAAUAAUAUGAGCUUUAUUGUUUCAGACUGUUGUUUGUUGUUAGUUUUGGUAGAUUCUCUAGAUGCUUACAUUUACUUCCUGUUCAUUUUCUUAACUUUAGUUAAAAUGGAGUUCUAGCUUGCAGAUGUCUGCAUUAGCGUGUGUUUUUGUAUGUGAUCGAUGGACAAUAUUUACCAGGAUUUCGGGUCUCAUCACUCGGCCUAACCCCUCGGUAGCUAGACCUGAAAAGUCCUUUGGGUAAACUGCUGAACUGACAGAUGGGAUAAUAAAAUGAUUUUCAUGCUUCGCUAAGCACUUACAUAAAAAGAUGACCCAUUUGUCUCAGGACAGGACUCUUUGUAUGAGUGGUACAUGGAUGGUAAUGGCUGCCGUGCUUAUGAGUAGUACAUCUGAAUGUGUAUAUAAGUGCUUACUUUUCCUCUGCAUGCAAACCUUUAAACUUGAAGGACAGGUUGUGUAUAUAAAAAUGAAAAAAACAAUCUAACUCUAAUUUAAACGGGCUCUUUUCCAGAGUGGAUACACACUGUACAAAGUGAAGCAGCACUAUCUAAUAAAGAUCUGCAUUACA